AUGAAUUACUAUCCAUACGGAAUUCUUGAUGCGAGGGAGUUGGUUGAAGCCGGGAAAUAUGACAGUUUUUUUGAAAAACUGAAGGCGAAUAAAGCGGCUUUAGGAGUGGAUCCCACAGGUGCUGAAAAUGCAUAUUCUGAUCCUGCCUCUUCCCGUUCAAAUGGUAGAUUUAUUUCUACCCAAGGUGGAGUUGAAAUCAACAAUCCAAUGCAUCAACAGAGACAUUGGUGGAAUUUAGAUAGAAACGGUAGGGAAAUGCGUCAACAGAGACAUUGGUGGAAGUUAGAUAAAAAUGGGAGGGAAAGAGAAAUAAUAAAGAAGGAAAGAUUAUAG